AUGAUCAGGGAAAAUGCGGACGAGAUUGCAGAUGCAAUUCAGAAGGACCUUGGCCGUUGUAAAUCUGAAACAGCAGUGUUUGACCUCGAUCUUCUGGAAGCCGAUAUUAAUGAGGCAAUCAAAAACCUGCAUUAUUGGACGAAACCGGAAUAUGUCACAAAAUCUCUGAUGUAUACUGUGAUGUCAUGUUAUGUGCAUCGCGAACCCCUGGGAGUUGCGUUAAUAAUAGGUGCCUGGAACUACCCUAUUCAAUUGGUGGUUUUGCCACUCAUAGGAGCAAUAGCUGCAGGAAACUGCGCUGUCUUAAAACCCUCUGAAAUCUCAAAAAACUCAGCUGAACUUAUCGCUAAUUUGAUUCCAAAGUAUCUCGAUAAUGAGUGCUUCAAAGUUGUUUGCGGAGGUGUAGAUGAGACUACGGAAUUACUAGAGCAGAAGUUUGAUAAGAUAUUUUAUACUGGAAACAAUACGGUCGGAAAGAUUGUGAUGACAGCAGCAGCAAAACAUUUGACUCCGGUCGUGCUGGAAUUGGGCGGGAAGUGUCCGGUGUAUGUUGCAGAUGAUGCAGACCUGAAGAUCUCAGCCAAUAGACUGGUUUGGGCUAAGAUGCUUAAUUGCGGGCAAACUUGUGUGGCCCCUGAUUUCAUACUCUGCUCCGAUAAAAUACAAGUGAGUGCUUUCCAUGCAGUUUUGGGCACUGUUUGA